ACUCAUGAUGGAGAUAUGAUACACACCCUGAUGAUAGUUCAGCAUUUCAUAGGUUUUAAAGAUUUAACAGGUGCUGCUGUUUCUCAAACAGGUUUGGUGUUAGUGAUACAAAAUGUCUCAAGUUCUAUCAGAAGUUCUGGAGGAGUGGAAAUGUCUAGAGGAAGAGUAUCAAAAGCUUCAGGAGACACACAAAAUGUAUUUGCAGAAGUUGGAUGAAAUCUCCAAACUACAGAACAACUGUGCUACAUCUAUUUCACAUGAGCGGAAAAAGCUGCAGGACACGUCCCGCUUUAUAAAGAAAUGCAGCAAGCGGUCCUCAGAAGAAGAUUCAAAAGCGUUGCUGGAGUUAGAACUGAAGAUAAAGACACAAGAACAUGUUUUCUCUGAAAUGGAAGCGUUUCUUCCCAAGAAAAAUGGCUUAUACCUGAGUCUGGUUCUUGGAAAUGUGAAUGUCACUCUUUUCAGCAAGCAAGCAAAGUUUGCCUACAAAGAUGAGUAUGAGAAGUUCAAGCUGUGCCUCACCAUCAUCCUGCUGCUGUUCUCCUUCAUUUGUUAUUUCUUUGUGAGCUACAGAUUUCUUGAUGCAAUCCUCAAUUUCCUGCUUGUGUGGUACUACUGUACGUUAACCAUCAGGGAAAGUAUCCUCAUCACAAAUGGCUCCAGAAUCAAGGGAUGGUGGGUGUUUCAUCACUACAUUUCAGCUUUUCUGUCUGGUGUAAUGUUGACAUGGCCAGAUGGAAACCUGUACAAGAUGUUCAGGAACCAGUUUCUUGCCUACUCCUUGUAUCAAAGUUUUGUUCAGUGCUUGCAGUGCUACUAUCAGAGUGGAUGUCUGUACAGGCUACGAGCCCUGGGAGAAAGACAUAACAUGGAUCUUACUGUAGAGGGGUUCCAGUCCUGGAUGUGGAAAGGACUGACAUUUCUGCUGCCCUUCCUGUUUUUUGGUCACUUCUGGCAGCUCUUCAACAGCCUGACUCUGUUCAAAAUGGCCCAGCUUCCAGAUUGUAAAGAAGGGCAGGUCCUGAUGUGCAGUUUCUGCUUCCUGAUUUUGUUCGUGGGGAAUUUCUUCACAACUGUUGCAGUAGUUCGUCAGAAGCUUAAAAGCACGGAUCAGAAACCAAAGAGCAUGUGAUUCAUAAAAAAAAUCAUGUCUAUUAAAAGCUACUGAACAGCUAAUCUCAGAAAUGUCUUUUGACAUUUUUGUCAUAAAAAAAUCUGAGUUAAUAUUAAUUAUAGGCUCACCUUUGAACUCUUUCAUGUAUUAAUAGAGUAAAUCUUUAGACUUUAUAUAAAUAAGUGUGAAAAUUUAGAUUAAACUAAACCUCUAAUAAAGUUUUUAAUUUUACA